UCUUGGUUUAUCAGGUCUUGCGUGGCUUUUACUUUUUGCCAACACCGAAACAAACACGUGAAGAAAGAAGAGAUGAAUGAACAAAAGAAUGAAUUACAACUUGAACCCGUUUUGGAAACGGGGUCAUCUGUAUGUUCGAUAUGUUUGAAGGAGAAGUCCCGAUAUACGUGUCCACGGUGUAAUAUUCGUUAUUGUAGUUUACCCUGUUAUAAAGAUGAAAAACAUAUCACUUGUUCAGAAUUAUUCUAUAAAGAUUGGGUGAUGGAAGAAUUGAAAGAGACAAAGGGCGGACGAGAAGACAAAGAGAAGAUAUUAGAGAUGUUAUCACGAGUUGAAUCAGAUGAUACUCUCGAACCAUCACACCUGGAUUCAGAUGAUGAUGAUGAUGAUGAAGAGACUGAUUUAGAAACAAGGCUACAUGGAUUAGAUUUAGAUGACAGUGAAGCCAUAUUAAAAAGAUUAACCAACAAAGAACGACAAGAAUUUGAGAAAUUAUUGCAUAAUGGUUGCCUAGGUAACCUGGUUGAAAUAUGGACACCAUGGUGGACAGAGUCAAAGGAUUUGAUUGAGGAAGUCGAGCAGACAGAUUGCGAUAAGAAGAAAGAUAAGAAGAAAUCGUGUAAACCAGUUUUAUUAUCCAAUAUACCUGAUAUAUCAACAUUAAUUAAGGUUAAACCUUCGUCUGAUAUCCGUAACAAUAUGAUAAACAUCCUGUAUUCAUACGCCUUCAUUUGUCGUCUGCAUAAUGGGGGACAUUUUGACAAUCCUGUUGAAAGUGCUGAGGAUUUGUUGACUAUAUGCAGUGUUUUAAGAGAUGGAAAGAAUUUUAUUGAAUUAGAUGAAGUUAUUGAUAUGACACUACAACAAGUUGAAAAGGAGAGUAAGAGAUGGGAGAUAACUGUUGAGUUUAAAGUCAGUGUAUUAGAAGAUGUGGAGAGGAUUGUUCACGGACCAGAUAAACGUCCAUCUUUAGAUUUCAUGUUAUUAGCUCUUUCAGAUUUAACUCGACUUCUACAGACAGCAAAUAAAAUUAUCAAACAAGGCAAGUCAAAAUCUCUAAUAAAAACAAAACGGGUUAGGUUUUUGGUAAAUGAAAUGAGGUUUAACAUCCUACUAUUCUGCUCUGACUGGGCUAAUGAAGACGGGCAUAACCCAUACAGUGUGCUAUGAGAGAAACUUUGCCCU